AUGGGAUUCGUGUCUCAUCAAAAGAUGUCAACAACAAAGUUGAUAAUCUGCUUGAUAACAAUUAGCCUUUUACCAAAAACGACACUUUCUGUCACCGUACCCGACGUCUCCUCGUCAACAUCAUCCACAACGGAGGCAACAAGCACGACUAGUCAAAAAACGGAAGUAAACACAACCUUUUCCGUGAGCACAUCUGAGAGCAAAUCCUCCGACGAUCUCGACAAAGACGAGAGCAAAAAUCCCCAAAAACUCGAAAUUAUCAAACAAAUCCGAAAAAUUAACGCUGACGGCUCUUACACGAUUGGCUACGAAGCUGAAGACGGCACUUUUAAGAUUGAAAGUCGCGAUGUUUUGGGCAACGUGAAGGGCACUUAUGGCUACAUCGAUGAAAAUGGCGAAAUAAAGCGAGUUUCGUACACGGCAAAUAACGCAACGGGCCUCAAAACGGUGUCAGAAGACACGGAAACGGAAGAAACGGCGCAGUUGCCAAAGUAUAACAAUCGAACGAGUGCUUCGACAACACGUCGUCCCAACUUAUCAACCACGAAAUCGAGUGUCGUGCAAAGUAUUCCGCGUCGUCGUUUCCAUUUCGAACGAAUUCAUGGCCCGAAUAAGGUUGGGCAGGAAGUUAAUUCGUUAAAUGCUGCCGAACCAACGACAACUGUCGUUUAUGCGACUUCUAUCUCGAGCACAGCAAAGCCUGUGUUGCUCGUUCGCCCGACCCAAGUCCCGUAUGGGGUGAAACAAUCAGCGAGCGUCGAACAAAUAAGUCGUCCUGAAAAGUUGGAAAUGAAUUCCGUGUCAAAAGUCAGUACAAAUGUCAAAAAUACGAAGAAAAAGGAGGAAGAAGAAGGUUCGAAUAAAACUCGAAACCACCUUCGACGUCAAUUAAGUUCAGAAAACACGGAAAAUUUCGAAACGCAACAACAAAUAAUUUACGGACAAUCAUCUGGAGACGAUAACACUCACAUUUAUGGCGGAGGUCCAUCAGCUUCUGUCUCUGUACGUCCCUUAUAUAACCCUACAGCAACUCCUCGGGUGCCUGUUCAAGUUCUCGCCGCGAGACAACGUGCUGCCCAACUUCAAAAUACGAUCGGAAAAAGUCCCAGCACUACCACAGAACGAGUUUAUGUGAAAUCCCCCAAACGCAUUGAUGAGAAACAGCGUUACGAACAAUCCACAGAACCCCAAACCGCAGGUCCUGUAGUUGAAAUUCCCCCGGGAAGGGAUUUAAAUGAAGGAGCCGAAGACGAAAGACGUCAAUUCCGGGAGAGACCUACUUAUAGACCUCGAGAGUAUGUUCGUUACGUGCCAACUACCGUACUCCCGGUGGAGCAAAGACACGGAUAUCGGAAUCCAGUAGGAGUUCCCCCGAUUCCUCUUCAAGCGUAUCGUCCCGAGGAACAGCAGCAACAAUAUUUGAGAGAAACUACUCGAGUUCCCGUUCGUCGUCCCUCUUCCGAUGGGUAUCAGGAGCAAGCUCAAAGCCCGGAGUAUCGGGAGCAAGGAGGACGUCCUGCAGCUGCUGGAUACCCUGGAGAUUAUCAACAUCCGUAUCCGCCUCCUUAUGGCUUUAACAAUCCAUAUCGCGGCGGAGGUUCGCCUUUCGAUUAUCCCGAUAGACCUUUAACCACGAGAGAUUUCGAAAGACUUUUACAACUUUUGAUCUAUCGUCAUACGCAAUUGCAACGUUAUGGCGGCGGGGGUAUUGGAGGUUAUGGGGGCCAUCCUUACUACCCUUCAGCUUCUCCUUAUCCUCCCUCAGCUCCUUACUACGGAUAUCAAAUCCCUCGUCCUCCGUACUACCAAAAUAACCCCCUUUACGAUCCGCGUUACGAAAACCCUAAUUACAGUCCAUCGACUCCAUCACGACAAUAUCCUGCUCCUCCUGCUUCAGGUCCUUCGAGCGAAGCUCCGUCCGAAAAUGAACAAUCACUAAAUCAAGUGAACCCGCAAUAUUACGAUAGUCAACGCACCAUUCCGAGACGUCGGCAAUUCUUACCCCCGCCUCCCGCCCCAUCACGUCAAUACUCCUCAUCGACACAAGUGCCCUUCCACGAUGCCGAUUACGCGACAAACACGAAUCAAUUGGGCCCAAAUUUACCGGAUUACCUUCCGCCGCAUGUUCGUGAAGACUUGCUCUAUCGCAUGUUUAUGCUCGCGCUAAGAACUGAUCCAAAUUAUGCCCAUGCAGCAGCAGCUUCGCAGCCAGAGCCAGCGGGAACUGUGCCGCAUGCCUCGAGUAUCGAACCGACAACUAUUGCGCCCGUCACAAGUCGAAAACCCGUCAGAAGUGUACAGAUUUUAGGAGAAGAGGAACCUUAA